AUGGUGGAGUCAGCCUCCGCCGGCCAGCUACCGCCCCAGAUCCUCCGCCGCCCCGAGCUCGCUUCACCAAUCCACUCUGCUCCCGCAUCCCCCACCAGCUCCCGCACGCGUCCGUACAACUGCGAGCCCGGGAGCCCCCUCCACAGCAGCAGAUCGAAGGAAACCCACGGAGAGCUUUGGAGAGCGAGAGCCACCCCCACCACCGCCCACCUCACCGCCGGCGUCUGCCCUGACGCCGUCAUCCACCUCACCCCACCCCGGCCCUCCUCCCCCCUUCCAGAAACAGUGCACCGCACCCCAUCGGCACCAUCUACGCAAGAACCGGAACCUCUGCUCGACACGGGCGACGAGGAGCUGGUGGAUUAUGGCGAUGCAGAGAGCCCUGUCCACUUUUACGACGCCGCAUCCCCCAACGCCAAAGCUGAAGAUGGUGAUGCUGCAGAUGAUCCGAUGCCUGGAUCCGGCUCCCCGGCACCCACCGACGCGCUUACGGAGCUGGCGACUGGCGGGGCGGGAUCCGACGGACCCUCCGCCACAACGAUGGCUGCUGCCUCGAUUCUGCCGCACCCCCGUCCGGAACCAGAAGACCCGACGAGGACCGGAGGUGCUGCGCCGGCCAAGUUCAAAUCGGUGAUUGUGCAGCCUUCACCCGAAUGGCAAAUGGCGAAGACCGGACGCCGGAAACAUACAGCUGCCGUAUCUAUUCCGGACACCGCCACGCCCAAGCCGGCGGCCAAAGGUGUGCCCAACGCGGCUCGGGACGCCUUUAAGAGGCGCUUCGCCGGGCGAUGUUUUCGUUGCCUCGCAUCCGACCACCACGUCGCCAAGUGCCGAGAUCCAGUCCGCUGCAUCCUCUGCCGGGGGAUCGGGCACUUAGCCCGCUCCUGCCCAUCUCGCCGGCCGCGCACCAUCUCUGCCCAGCUCCGCUCCCGCCUCACCUUCCCCCCGGAAAGCAUCCACAGUCGAAUUGUAUUCCCCCCGCUCCCAGAUCCCGCCCACCCCACCGCCGCUGCCAAGCCCGACAUGGUGCACGUCCCUGGCCUCGCCUACCAGCGCCCUGUGCGCCACCGCAUCAGCAUCGUUGCCAGGGAUGCAAUGCACCCUGCACCUGCCUCAGCAAAGCAUCAGCGUCACCAAGUAUGGCCCUGGAGAGUCGUGGCGGAGUUCGGGGAGCCGCAGGAGAAGGAUCGUGCCCUCUGCAAGGGGUACAUUGAGAUUGGAGGCUCCAUCAUCCCCAUCCAGCCGUGGCUCACGGCUGGGGGUGGUCCAGAGCGCACCUGGUGGUACCACGUCAAGGUCACCAUGGAGCACGUCCCGCCCGAGGUCCUUGGAGAGUUGGAGUACACCAUCUUCGCAGCGCGGGCAGAGCAGACCAUGGAGAUCAACGGCCUCGUGGCACUGACGUGCAUUCCAUCGUCUCCUCCGAUCGGGAUGGGCGCUGACAAGGUCAUCCUCAUCCACAUGGCGGGAUAUGAGGAUUGGAGUCCAAGAAGACUUGACGACACAGGCUCUAGAACGUCUUCUGAGCACGGCAGCUCUGCACCGACUGUCAUUCCAUUCGAGUGGGCGGUGGGGGUCCUUGACGGGCGGCCAGCUCCGACUGGGCCUCGGAGCGCGCGCUCCGUGUCUGUACCCUCUCGCCGUCGGCCAACCGUUGGGCUUGGGAUGGUGACCAAGCCCCGAGGAACCGGGGGAGUUCCAGCAGCCGCUCGCCACGGAGGGCUGUGCGUGGGCGGGAGGCCCUCGCACACACCUCGAAGGACUGGGAACGCCGGCGCUCGCGCUCCCCGGCUGCCCGAGCCUAGGAAAGAUAUCCGCGCUUCGCUCCGUCGCUUCAGGGACUCGGACGGCGACAAGACGACCCUGUCUCAGGAGGACGACCCGAUGGUCCACGAGCAUGCCUGCACCAGGCUGUCUGGCGCACCGUUGUGCUUUUCGUCGGACGAUAAUGCCGACAACAGGUCUACCUCUCCGGAGUACCGACUCGUCAGCAAGCUGUGGGCCGGCGCAAGCUCCUCGGCCCAGCCCCUACAGCCUGAGGAGGUGGUCUUCGGGCCGGCGCCUCAGCUAUUGAACAUCGGCCCAGGCACCGGGGAUGUCUCGGACGUGGACGAUCCAGCCAUCCGGGAUGCCACUGGCCGGCACACUUCUGAUGAGGAGACUGCAGAGGGGCCUAAUGAUUAUGCUGCCUUCUGUGCGGGGAUGUUCAAACCCGCCCCUGCUCCGAUGCUACAGAGGCCGGACUCGCGUCCUCCGCCCCCUCCAACCAGCAGCAGAGGCCGGAGGAGGGCUCCUACUGCCUCCACCCGCUCGAGUACGCGUCUGGCAGCUCGACCAUCCUCGGUCCCGGUUGCCGAGCGUGCCCAGUACAAGCUAAUGCGCGAGCUCUUCUUCAUCAACGGCAAGUCGGCGGCACCGGAUGCAGCAGUCACAGCCUACGUCGACAUGUACGGGGACGACCGCCCAGAGGAGGCGGUCAAGGCCAUCAGAGCAGCCACUUGCAUGGGGAACAAGGAGCUUUCCAGGGCGCUUGCAGCCAUUGCAGCUGAGUCUGAAGUAGCAGAGAUGGAGGUUCCUUAG